AUGGCGUCCUCGAACAGUCUGCUGCCAGAGGAGCAGUUCCAGUGCUCUAUCUGUCUGGAGGUUCUCACUGAUCCGAUCACCACUCCAUGUGGACACAACUUCUGCCAGGCCUGUAUCAACGGGUACUGGAAAAGCACUGAACAGUGCCAGUGUCCAAUGUGUAAGGAGACCUUUGACAAAAGGCCUAAGCUCAAAAUCAACACAACACUCCGAGAGGUUGUGAAUCAUUUUAAGGGGAGAAGGACAAAGAAUCAAGUACAGCAGAUGAUCCAGAAGUGCCUACAGAAGGUUAAAGAGAUCAAACACUCAGCGGAGCUCAGCAACAGAGAUGCAGAGAGAGAGAGAGAAGAAAGUGAACAGGUCUUCACCACUCUAGUCCGCUCCAUGCAGAGAAGCCAGGCUGAGGUGUCUAAGAUGAUUGGAGAGAAGCAGAAAGCAACCAUGCGGCAGGCUGAGGGGCUCAUUAAAGAGCUGGAGCAGGAAAUCACUGAGCUACAGAGGAGAUGCUCAGAGCUGGAGCAGCUCUCACACUCUAAGGAUCAUCUCCACCUCCUCCAAAGCUCGCCAACCCUGUGCCCCCCUAAAUCCACCAAGGACUGGUCUGAUGUCAGUAUUACCCAGAACAAGAGCAAGUGGAAUGUGCAGAAAGACAUAUCCCAGCUGGAUAAAAAGGUGAGGAGAGCACUUUCUGAACUUGAGGAGAAAUUGAAUAAUGUAUUGGAGAAGUCAAAAGGUGAUGAACUGAAGAGGAUGCAGCAGUAUGCAGUGGAUGUCACUAUGGACCCUGAUACAGCACAUCCCCUUAUCAUUGUAUCUGGCAAUGGGAAACUAGUGAGAACAGGUCACUUUGAACAGAACCACUUCUACAACCUAAAGAGGUUUAGAAGUCGUGUAGCUGUUUUGGCAAAGGAGGGUUUCACCUCGGGGAGAUUCUACUAUGAGGUGCAGGUGAAGGGGAAGACUGGGUGGAAUGUAGGAGUGGCCAAAGAGUCGGUUAAUAGAAAGACAGGUGGAUUAUACCCAGAGCAAGGAUUCUGGACCGUGUGGUUGUCUUUUCAGGUUGACUAUGAGGCCUGCACAGACCCCCAUACCUCCCUCUCACUGAAGAGCAAGCCGGAGAAGUUGGGGGUGUUUGUGGAUUAUGAGGAGGGUCAAGUCUCCUUCUAUGACGUGGACACCAGGUCUCAUAUCUUCUCUUUCACCGGCUGCACCUUCACAGAGAAGCUCUAUCCAUACUUGAACCCCUUUGAUGAUUAUGAUGGCUCAAAUUCAGCACCAAUGAUCAUCACCCCUGUUAACCAGACACACUGA